AUGUCAGAGAAACCGACAGAACGCAUCGCCGCGACGCCGUCCUCGGACGGUCGCAGCACGCCGACCGCUGUUGAGCAGCCGAAUAUCCAUGACGGCAGUCCGACGUCCAAGCAGCUCGUCCAGCGCAGAAAACCAAUCGCGGCCUGGCGUCUCGUCGUCAUCUUUGCAUGUAUCGGCAUCGGCCUCUUCCUCUCGCUCCUCGAUGCCACCGUCGUCGCAACCAUGCUCAUCGAUAUUGGCCAAGAAUUCAACGACUUUCGCACCUCAUCCUGGGUCGUGCUCGCCUACACCCUCACCGAGGUGGGCUUCGCCGUCGCCAUGUCCCGACUCUCCGACGCGUUUGGGCGCAAGACGGUCGUGUGCACGUCGUUUUUUAUAUUCCUUGUGGCUUCCAUGGGUUGCGGCGCAUCCAAGACGCUCGACCAGCUUAUUGGAUUUCGCGCUGCCCAGGGUGUUGGCGGCGCAGGUCUCUAUGCCAUGGCUAUGAUUACCUAUCCCGAGCUGAGCCCGCCUACCAAGGUGGUCUACGUGACGUCGGCGCUGGGUGUCAUUGUCGCAUUUGCAGGCGUACUUGGACCUGUUCUCGGCGGACUACUGACUACAUAUGUCAAUUGGCGAUAUGCAUUUUGGAUAAACGGCCCGUGCGCAUUCGUCCCCCUCGUCUUAUUACUUUUCGUUUGGCCAAAGGACUACCAACUCUUUGUCAAAAUCGACUUUCGACUACUCGACUAUUUCGGCGCGCUUCUCGUGCUUGUAGGCACCAUCCUGCCCGUCUUCAUCAUCAACCAGGCCGCCAUCCGUGACUACGCGUGGAACAGCGCAACAGCCAUUAUUGUACUCAUCCUCGGCGGCCUAGCCUGGCCAAUACUAGUAAUUUGGCAACGUAUUCUGGCCAAGUCACCUCGAUUCAGCCAUAUACGGCCGCAACUCCCGUGGCGCAUCCUAUCGAGCCGCGUGCUCAUGGCUGCCAUCAUCGACACUUUAUUAUCCGGUUUCGUUCUGCUACUCGCCAUUAUCAACAUUCCUCUGCGUUCGCAAAUCGUCAACGUCUAUGAGCCAGUCAAGGCCGGCGUUCUGCUUCUUCCCAUGAUGGGCGGCGGCGCUGUCGGCUGUGCCAUUGGCGGCGGGCUGUCGCUGCGUCGCAACAAUACAUUUCCCACACUCUUAGCCGCCAGCGUGAUUAUCGCCGUAGCAUGUGGUAUUCUGACGACGCUAGAAGCCGAAUUCAUCCCGCCGCGACGACAAUGGGCCGCUGAGGUGAUUCUUGGACUAGGGCUGGGCUUGAAGCUGUCGAGCUCGACGUUUUUGUCAGUGCUAGAGUCUGAGUUUGAAGACCACGCUAUAUCGCAGGGCAUUAUUGCCCAGAUGCGCGUGUUUGGCGGCAGCCUCGGCGUGGCAAGCAGCAUCAUUGUGCUCAUCAACAAGAUCCAGACGGUUCUUGGGGACAACCUAUCCGAGUCCCAGCUACAAGACUUUUACCGCAACCCGCUAAUCAUCCUAACAUUUGCGCCCGACAAUGCGACCAAAGCGCGCGAUGCAUUUAUCGAGGGCUUCCGGGAAGACAUGUACAUUUGCAUCGGCAUGUCGUGCGCGUCAUUUGUGGUGUCGCUGUUUACAUUUCAGCGACAUCCGCCGUCUGUCAAGUCAAAGCUGGCGAGCCUCGAGGCCGAGUUGGCGCAAUUAAACGAGGCAGCCGUGGUGUGA